UUUUUCCCCAGAUAUGAUUACCCACACCCUUUUGCCUUUAUCCUCCGGCAUCCUACGCCCAGCUCUCUUCUGAAAAGCCUGGGCAGGGUUUUGCUAAGUCAUCUUGAAUUCGCAUUUUCCCUCUCUCUGCAAGAGGCAGUAUUUAGUGCAAAGUUUCCUUCUUCGAGAUUUUACCCACUUAGUGAAGAGCUGAAAGAGAAGGUGCUGUUGAAAUCUUUGAGAUCUUGAUCAUCCUGCAAUGGCUGCUGCAAGGAAAGUCAUCAAAACCGUGCUCAGUAAGGAGCAAGCAGAAGGAGUUGGGGCUCGUGUGCGUCGGAGUAUAGGCCGGCCAGAAUUGAAAAACCUGGACCCAUUUCUGCUGCUUGAUGAAUUCAAAGGAGGCCAGCCAGCUGGCUUUCCCGAUCACCCACACCGAGGUUUUGAAACAGUAUCAUAUCUAUUGGCAGGUGGAUCCAUGGCCCAUGAAGACUUUUGUGGCCAUACAGGUAGACUAGAUCCAGGAGAUUUGCAGUGGAUGACUGCUGGCCGUGGCAUUCUCCAUGCAGAGAUGCCCUGUUCUGAAGAGCCAGCCCAUGGAUUACAGCUUUGGGUUAAUCUGCGAAGCUCUGAGAAGAUGAUUGAACCUCAGUACCAAGAACUGAAAAGCAAAGAGAUACCCAAACCUUCACAGAAUGGUGUGACAGUGGCUGUCAUUUCAGGAGAGGCAUUGGGUGUCAAGUCCAAAGUGUACACUCGCACACCAACACUGUAUCUGGAUUUCAAGUUAGAUGCAGGAGCAAAGCACACCCAACCAGUUCCCAAAGGUUGGACAGCAUUUAUUUAUACACUCACUGGCAACAUUUGUGUUGGUCAUGCUGAUGCUCAACAAAAGGUAGAGCCUCACCACACAGCAGUGCUGGAUGAUGGGGAUUGUGUCCAGUUUGAGAAUAAGGAUGCUGAAAUGAGUCAUUUUGUUUUAGUGGCUGGUGAGCCAAUAAAGGAAACAGUGAUUCAACAUGGGCCAUUUGUUAUGAAUACCCAGGAAGAAAUUUUACAAGCCAUUGAUGACUUCAGAAAUGCAAGAAAUGGCUUUGAGAGAGCUACCACCUGGAAAUCAAAGAUUGGAAACAAAUGAUUUGAAAUAUUAGAAAUGCAACUGGUCAACUGAUUAUGUUUAUAGCUGUAAUCUUGAUUCUCCUAGUCUUUCCUCAUGCGUUACUCUCUUUGCUUCACUGGAGCUAAUCAUGUGGAUGUGCCAGAUUGACUUAUAGAAACAAAGUUAACUUACUGUAAUAGAAUAGUGCGUCUGAAUUUUUAAUGUGUUGUCAAAGGCUUUCAUGGCCAGAAUCACUAGGUUGCUGUGAGUUUUCCGGGCUGCAUGGCCAUGCUCCUGACAUUUCACCCACAUCUAUGGCAGGCAUCCUACCAACAAAGGAUUCCCCCAGACAUGAAGUAGCCAGGCUUUGAAGCUGCAAGGCUAAUUAAGGUGGCCAAUUGCAACAUUCACACUUGCCUCAAGCAGACAAGAGUUCUUUCUCCCACAUUUCACAGAUAUAUAAACCCCACUUCCCUAGUUUCCAGCAGACCUCAAAACCUCUGAGGAUACCUGCCAUCGAUGUGGAUGAAACAUUAGGAGAGAAUGCUUCUGGAACAUGGCCAUACAGCCCGGAAAACUCAUGGCAAUUCACUGUAUUUCUAAUGUACUUUUUUUAAAAAAAAUGCAAAUAUUCUGUAGUAGAAAAUGCACAAAAAUCUAUUUCUCUGUAAUAAAAAUUGCCUUCAGUUUUCAAUGUA